AUGGGGACUCUCACUUGCGACCCGGCUCCAUGGCUGACCCCAGCGCCUCUGGGCCGGCGGGCCACUGACUAUCAGAUCCCGGAGACCAGCCUGAGGAGGACCUGCGGGGUGGCUACCUUGGAGCACGGCUCUGGGCCAGGCUUGUAUGCCCUGCCUUCCACCGUGGGCUACAUCAACCACGACUGCACCAGGGUAGCCGGUCCUGCCUACUCACUCUUCCGGAGGCCCAGUGAGGCAUCUCCGCAGGAGACCAGCCCUGGGCCAGUCUACUUCCUGGACUCGAAAGUCACCCGCUUCGGCCGCAGCUGCACCCCUGCCUACUCCAUGCAGGGCCGGGGCAAGUCUCCCAGUCUGGAGGUGACGCCCGGCCCAGGGGCUUACAGCCCCGAGAAGGUGGCCCCCAUGCGCCAGCGGACGCCUCCAGCUUUCACCCUGGGCUCCCGCCUCCGCCCACGGCCCCUGAACACCUCAGCCCCUGCCCCCAACACCUACACCCUGCCCUCCCUCUGGGGCUCGCAGGUGUUUACCAAGCCCAGCAGCCCCAGCUACACCGUGGCCGGCCGCACACCUGCCGCCCGCCCCCCGCAGGACCCUGCGGAGAUACCCGGCCCUGGCCAGUAUGACAGCCCGGACCCCAAUGCCUACCGUCAGCGCCGGCCGGCCUUCACCAUGCUGGGGCGGCCCCGAGCCCCACGGCCCCCAGAUGAGACACCCGGCCCUGGCAGCCACAGCCCUGAGCAGGUCACUGUGACCAAGGCCAGGGCCCCGGCAUUCACCAUGGGCAUCCGCCACUCCAAGCGGGCUACCACCAUGGCCGCAGACACUGCACCCUGA